AUGAAGUAUCACUCACACGCGUUUUAUCGGUCCAAUCGUCGCCUCCCGACGCGGAACCCGCUAAUCCAAUUACGGCGACACCGCGCUCGGCCGCGAGUUGCUUGGCCCGCCGUCGCCAGGCGCGUGUCAACACGCUUCGCGCAGCGUUCGCGCCCAGCAGCGCCUCGGGGGGACGUGGUCGUUGCUCGUCACACCCGCUCGCGCGCGGGAGCGCUGCUUCGCCGCUCGGCGCGGAAAAAACACCUGCCGCACUCGCUGAGUCGGGGCGUCUCGUGGCAACCCGUGGACGUUGGACUCAACUGCCGAUCGGGCGAGAAAGUUUCCCUGUUGCUCUCGUCGGACGUG